CGGGCUGCCGCCGCUGCUGCUGGGGUUGGAAGUACCGUCGUGUCUCCGGUAGAAGUUUUUAAACAUUAACUUAACCAUGAGCAAUAAAACCACUCCGCUGCUGCUGAAGGCGCUGCUGGAGCUGUCUGAAGCCCACUCCUCAAAGCUUGUGCGAGGAAACAUUAAAAGAGCAAAUAUCAGACACUUGGGCUCACUUGGGGCCCUGGUAGCAAGAAGGGCCAGUCUGCCUCUCUGCCCCGCCGCCCCCGUCAGCACACAGAGCCGCAGCUUCAUCAACCUGGCGGCUCCCAUCAGCACCCGUAGGAUGGAGUACACCGAGUGUCGGACAUUAGGAUAUACUGCAGAGCAGAUGUACAGUGUAGUGGCCAGUGUGGACCAGUACCAGCAUUUUGUUCCCUGGUGCAAGAAGUCUCGGGUCAUGAAGGGACGAAAUGGGGACAUCCGGGCGGAGCUCGAAAUAGGUUUCCCCCCCAUAGUGGAGCGCUACACCUCUGAGGUCACCGUCGUCCCAAACCACAAAGUCAGGGCCGUGUGCACUGAUGGAUCCCUCUUCAGCCAUCUUGAAACAAUAUGGAGGUUUUCCCCUGGAGCCAAAGACCUACCAGAAUCCUGCAAAGUGGAAUUCUACGUGUCAUUUGAGUUCAAGUCUCUUCUGCACUCUCAGUUCGCCAGUGUGUUCUUUGACGAAGUGGUUAAGCAGAUGGUCGGCGCCUUUGAGUCACGGGCAGCAACGCUUUACAGGAUCCAGCAGGAGGUGCCAUUGAGGCGGCGGUCAACAUGAGGCGACCCCUUUGACCUCCCCUCCAUCCACAUCCACUCGGACUUUUAACCAAACCUGCCCAACCUGCUAUCAACACUUGUCUUACACAGGAGACUGGAUCUUCUUUUUGCACUCACUCAUAUCGUCUACUUGAGUUAAAAUGCACAUGGACUACACAUAAACCUAUUUAUCUAUAGCCCACACUCUAAUUUAUUGGCUUUCUUGUACAUAUAUUUAUUUUAGGGAUAGGAAUAAGUGCGUGGUUUCAAAUGAUCAUGUUCAACACAAAUGCUUUUUUGUUAAAUUGUGGGAAAAUGUGCAGUCUCCUGCUCAGUUCUGAGUUAAAAGUGUCCUCAUGUCCAGCAUUUUCUCUGUCAGUAGAAUUAUAAAGCUCUUAUUUUGGUAAACCUGA